AAUCCGACCCGAAUAACUCAAUUGAAGAGAAAAAUGAAAACACAAAGCAGAGUCUCCUAAAAACUAUCCAAGGUUGGGCGAGAAGGGAAGAUGAGUUCACCAGUGCCUCGAAGAGAGAGUCCAUGGGGUAUGCCUGAAGGUGAUACCAGGCAACCUAAGGCCCACAGAUGUAACGACCGCGUUGAGGAUGUUGUUCAGGCGUGUUUUGAAGGCAAUCCAUUUAAAACGAUACCGGGGCCUUUCAAGCUAUUCUGGCGGUGUAUGCGUUCUAAGCCUGGGGAAGAGCCUACUGAGCCAUUCUACUACUUGCAGUUGGAUCCCCCCAAGAGAGAAGUGCACCUUGAGUAGAGCUUUGCUUUUGUUUUUUCCUAAACCUGUAAUAAGGUUGUUUAUGAAUCCUGUCGCUAUGGCUUGUAUUACUUGGCGAGUUCAAGUCGAAUAUUUCCCCAAUGAAGAAUGAAAGUUUAUGUUCUAUUA